UUCUGUUCAGUGUUUUCGGGCUGUUUACGUCUCUGUUAUCUACACACCAGUCCUCAGACUGUACACCGGGGCAGAUACUUCUCUCUGACGGCUGAUAGCGGAUCAGCAUGUCAAAGAGAUUCAGUGUUUCCGGGUUUUUACAACACAACACGGCCAUUAGCACUGUGCUGUAGGAAGCGUCUCGCUGCAGCUUCAGCUGAGGACAAACUUUGGUGCAGAGGAUGAGCUCAGGCAAUGGGAAAAGAAGGAAAGUUGGCAAGCCGCAGCCUGUCCACAGCAUGGUGGCGUUUGACCCUGAAACACAGACUGAGAUUCAAGGUCUUUUUAGUAAAAUCAGAACCUAUGUGAAACCAUCCAAUGGGGAGUGGAGCCUCCCUGACCCAAACACCACUCUCAGACACUCCAUGGAGGAAUAUAGCCGGCUGCAGGCCCUGAAGGCAUCACUGAAUGUGGUAAAGAACCAGCUCAGUGACAAGAACGUGCAGGUCUGGCAUCAGCACACCAACUCCACCAAUCGAGCCGGGAAGGUGAUCGCUGCCGUGCGCUCUGCUGCCAAUGCCGAGAUCUGCACUCAGGCCUGGUGCAAGUUCUCUGAGAUCCUGGGAACCUUUAAUCUUCUUCCAGGGGAGGCUCUUCAAAAUGGAGAGCUGAACACUAUCCACCUGUGCGAAGCUCCAGGAGCCUUUAUAACUGCUCUAAACCACUACGUAAAAACCAGAGAGUCCACUCGCUACUGUGACUGGAGCUGGGUCGCCAACACGCUCAACCCCUACCACGAGGCUAACGGUGGGAACACAACGAUCGCAGAUGAUCGGCUGAUUGCCAACACGCUGCCCUGGUGGUUCUUUGGCUCAGACAACACAGGGAACGUCAUGAGCCAGAAGCAUUUACUGGAACUGCAGGCAUUUGUGGCAAAUAUGCGUCGAGUUGAUCUGGUGACGGCAGACGGCAGCUUCGACUGUCAGGAGAACCCAGACGAGCAGGAAUCGCUGGUGGCGUCACUGCAUUACUGCGAGGUCACAGCUGCACUGCUGCUCCUGAGCCUUGGUGGCUCUUUCGUUCUAAAAAUGUUUACUCUGUAUGAACACUCCUCUGUCUGCUUACUCUACCUGCUGAACUGCUGCUUCCGCUCCGUCCGCGUCUUCAAACCUGCCACCAGCAAGGCUGGCAACUCCGAGGUUUAUGUCGUAUGUCUGAACUAUGACGGCAAGGAAGCUGUGAGACCACUGCUCUCAAAACUGAUUCGUAACUACGGACCACAUCUGGCUGACAGAGAGGCACUUUUCCCAAACUCACUUGUCCCGGAGUCAUUUCAGAAGCAGCAUGAAGAGGUGUGCGUGUACUUCCAUGCACUCCAGGUGGAGACCAUCACAGAAAACCUGCGACUAUUUGAAGGGAUGAGCAAAGAGCAGAGGCAACGGCUCGACCACAUCAGGGACUGUACGGCUCAGGAGUACCUGCAGCGCUUCCAGGUGAGCUUCCUUCCCCGGAGUCAAUGGAUCUCCCGCAACACGGUGAGUCCGGCCUGCUGCAGGGUCUCAGCGGGUCGACCUCUGGGACAGAGGAAGCAAACAGGCUCCUUCAAUGAGAGGAGGGAAUUGCAGACCCUGAGCUGGAGGGAGCGCAUCGAGAGAGGUUGCCAUGCCGCCUGGAUACAGAGACAUUGCACAGGGGCCAGCCGGACGGGCUGCCUGCUGCAAGGACCGCUGUCCGAGUGUCACCUGGACUCAUGGUUUGUUAUUGUCGGGGCUGCGCUGCCUGCAGUCAGAAACUCUCCGUUUUGUGAAGGAGUAUUGUUGAACCACUUGAAUGAAGCCCUGAUGGACACAGCAGUGGACUGGACUCGCCCACCGUCCUGUGAUUCGUGUCAUGCCGCUCGCACGGCCUCCAUCUUGUCGGAUGUGGCAGGUCUGUGCAACUUCAGUGAUGCCACCGAAAAGAAGAAGCAGUGUCUGGUGUUUGGCAGCCGCUCAGUGUGGGCCGCCUGUGAAAGCCAACUCGAGGAUUUAGUCUUAAUGUUUUCUGCAGAGCCUUCAUUUCCUCAAAGAGGCUGUGUCACGCUCCACGACGGGGAGCCGCUUUACCAGCAGCAGCUCCUGGGUUGUGUUGUGUAUUCCCUGCAGACCCUGAACUCUGGGGAUGCCCUGCUGCUGCCUGUGUUUUCUGCCCUCACCCGUGUCACGGCAGCUGUUGUGCUUUGCCUGCAUGUCUGUUUUAACUCAGUCACAUUCAGGUGUCCACCGCUCUCAGGCGUAGUCGGGAUGGUGCUUGUGUGUGCUGGAUUCUGCCCUGAAGCUGCUGCACGAUUACUCCCUGUUCUGACUGAUGUCCAUAACUGCAUGGGUCAGUUAAGAGGAGAGGAGGGUGAAAAUGUGCCACCUGGGAGCGACAGACAGGUGCUGCAGUUUGUUACUAUGGAGGAAAUGCUCAAUGGAGGACUGACUGAGUUCCUGUGGACCAUGAACUCUGAAAUUAUGCAACACAAGCUGCAUUUGCUCAUGCAGUCAUAGUGCAGCAGUUUAGCAGUUAACUGCCACUUCAGAAGCUGUGUUAUUGUUACAGUCUGUUUUACUCUCGUUGAAUCAGCAGACUGUUUAACAUAAUGAGCUUCCAGCAGUUAGUCACUGAGUAAUUUCUGUCUGUUGACAUUAAAAGAGUACUCCACUGAUUUUGCAUUGCUCCUAAACAUUGUCAGAUUCACAAUGGAUGAUUAUAAAAAGUUUGAAAGCUUUUAUUUUUUUUUUCAUCUCUACACAUUAUUUUACACGCAUGCAGUAAAACUCCUCAACGGCAGGAAACAGUGUAGUGUGUGGAAACUGCGGAUGGUGUUACACUUUGUCUUCUACUCUUUACACAUCCUUUUCAAGGCUUUUAUUUAUUAAGGACUCUCCAGUGGGUGUGAUGAUGUAUUGGGCACAGUAUCUGUAAGAGAUACCUCUGGGACAUUCUGUAAUGAUGUAGAAGUGAAAAUGAAUGACUUUUGAAGGAUAAUGUCAUACAUGCAAACUAUUAAAGCACAUAUGGCCACUAACUUUUAGCUUAGCAUACUACUGAAAUUUAUAAUAUUAGUUUAGAUUGUAAAGCAACUAUCUCAAAUGGUAACGAGUGUGAUUGACACAUCAGCAUGACCCAUUUUUAUCAUAUCACAGACAUCAGCCAUCAGCACAUGUGUCAGCUGAGUAACGAAACACUGCCUGUUCACCAGAACAUGUUUGUUACAUGACGUUCAUUUUUGGAGGCCUUUCAUCAAUUUUGUGAUGAUAGAAGUUUAUUCCUUGAUGUAUGUCAGAUGAAGAUGAAUUAAAGUUCAGCCUGACAGACAUUUUGAGGCCAAUAUUGGGAUAUUCCACAGAUAAAACACCCAGUAACAAUUAGUCAUAGAUAGAUAUGCAUUUGGUUAUAAAAUAAUGGAGCCCAAGAAAAGCUCACUUCAAUAUUAAAUCAGUAGUUGUUACAUAAAUAGUUACAUGAAUAAAGUGAAUGAAACCACAAUAAUAAAACUUAAUUUACCUUAAGGGUCUUUUUUUCAUUUCAUGCCAAUUUUUUUAUUUCCUUACAUUCCUUUGAAUGACUGUGGCGUCAGCGCCCUCUCAUCUUUCAGUCGCAUGUCUCCUGCAGCUUAAGUUCACUUCCUGUUAGCAUUUUUUGCCAGUUAGCUCCCGCUAGCUAGAGCAACAGCGACAAUAUCAAGAAAGAGGAUUUAUUAAAUUAUUUCACAUAUUGUUGGUUAAAUUUUUUUUUUUAUUCUACCCAGUUUCUUCAUGUGAUGGUUUAUUUUAUAUUGCCUUUUAACUGUUUUUUUGUUUUUGUUUUUUUUACAUUCGAACAUAUAACACUUAAGGUUUUGACAGCUAAACAGGACAUUUGAGAUUUGAGAGUUGAAAAGUUCUCUCAAAGUGAGCAGUGAUGACAGAGCUUCUGAAGGACAAAUAUUCUGAUUGAUCUCCGAUAAACUAAAAUCAGCCAGAUGUGCCAGUGUGAAAAGUGUCACCAGUAAGGUCUCCAGAACAUGUUAAUUAUUAUUACUAUUGAUUAUUAUUUUAGUUCAAACAAAAUGUAACUGUGCUACAUUCAAAUCUUUUGACACCCCACAGGUGGGAACAAUGACUGUCCGUUGAUGCAAACUUACAGUGCAUGAAAAUUAAAAUGACUUUAAAUUCUUGAUCAGCAGAACUCAUCUGUGACUAAAUUCACUGAGGCAGAAUAAACAACAGUCCAGACCCUCAGAACCAAACCCUCCUGUCAGUCACAGAUGGUUUGUGUUGAAACCCAAAUCAUCAACACUCUGGAGUUUUACCCUGAAAGUGCCUGUCGUGUUCUACAACACGUUAUUUAUUUCAUCCCGGAUCUUUCUGUCUGAGCGUCAUCUUGAAGCUUAUCGCCAACUUAAUGUUAAGCUAUUACAAUUUAUCUGUUUUGUGUCCAGUGAGAAAAAAAACUUUUUAUCUUCAUAUAAAAUGACAGCCUGUGUGCACUAAAAUGUUUUAUACAGCUAUUCAGCGAGGGAGAUCUUUAGGAAAGACACAUAUAUUAGCUUGAAUGAAGUCAUGCUGCAUUUGUUUAUUGGAGUUUUUUUGUUAGCCCCUUUAUAUUCAGUAUGAUGCCACUGGAGUUUAUUUUCUUACAUUCUUACUAAAAUAAUAAAAAUGUACACUGACAAAUGA